AUGCCCUCCGUCUUCUAUGGAAAGCGAAUGAGUACCAAUGCGGUCAGCAACGCAGAGGGCGGUGACAAGGAGGACGACAAGAGCGCAGACCGUCCAAGGCGAAUGACAUGGACAGCACCGAGAGGGGUGAUGUCUCGAUUGAGCACUCCUUUCUUCCCUUCAAACUCAGCCGCCAGCGCCGCGAAUGGGUCCAACAGCAGUGAUGACACUGUCCAGGUCCUCUCACCUAGAAACCAUGACUUGCUUGUCAAAGAGAAUUCGUUUCAAGAUCCAAACUUACCGGCGAACGAUCCUUUCGUUGAGACGGUACAAGACGAUGAACUCCAAGUUGAGUCUGAAGACUUGGAUUUCGAGCUGCAAAGAGACUCCAAGAAGUUAGAAAGAAACAGGGAGCGCAGGGACAGCAUGAUGAAACUUCAUUCGGAAGUCCAGGAGAAGCUGAAGGCUCUUGGGGUCAGUCGUCGAGGGUCGAGACGACAAAGUCUGGGUGAGUGGAGCGCUGGGUCUGGUGCGGGAACAGCAUUCGUCUCCGAUUGGCGUCGGAGCAGAGACAAAGUGGAGGUCCGGAUGUACUGGAGCAACUUGAACUCAGCGAUCUUCGGAUUCACUGGAGCCAUAUUUGCCUGCGCCCAGAAUGAGUUGAUCAUUCGAGGAACUGAUCCGCAGCACGUGUUUGUCAACACUCUCAAGGCUAUCAACACCAUUCUUACAUGUAUAGCGAUAGGCUUUCUGUAUCGACGAUUUUGGCUCGAUGAGCUCUUCAGUCGCAUUUUGAGACAUCUUCGAAUCCUUCACGAGCUGGACAUCCAUGUGCCCCCUAGCUGCAUCCUCCAGGACGCCUCCUUCUGGGCAGAAACGCUCUUUAUUCUUUUUCACAUCCCUCCCUUUGUGACGUUUGAGAUCCCCAUGAUGAACUGGAACAACUUCCUUGUGUACCGGGCAGAGACGCUGGGAGCAGCGAUCAACGUGUUGAGAGUGUUCCUCUUCUGGGGUUGCUUUCGAGAAUGGGUGCUCGGCAAACUCCCACGAAGACACACAGUCGCGAGUUUCACAAGAAUCCAACUGAACUCAGCCUUCACCAUCAAACUGCUGCUUAACGGCAGAUACGCGGUUCACUUCAUUGCGAUCCUCUGGCUCAUUCUCUUGCUCAUCAGCGGGUACUGGUUCAGAGCUGUGGAGCUGACAGCCUGUCAGUUUGGAACCAGCAAGAACCCCAACUGCGGCAACGACAACGCCAAGAGGUGGAUCAUCGACUUCGGAGCAGGCUCCCUGAGCGGGCAACCGAACUACUUCACGAAGGUGAACGACCCCUACCUCCAGAACGCCCUCUGGUCCAUGUUCCAAGCCUCCACCACCGUUGGCUUCGGAGACAUCACCUCCACCACUCACGCUGGAAGGAUAGUGGCGGCCAUGACGUCGGUGAUCGGGCUGGUGAUGGUGGCGAUGCUGACCUCCUCUCUCAUGCAUCGCCUGCAGUUCUCAGCUGAAGAAGAGUCGGCCAUGCUCAUGGUCGCCCGCGAAAAGGCCUGGAAGAACUUGUCGAAACACUCCGCUACUUUCCUCAAGGCUUGGUUGAUGGCAAGGAAAGGGAUCGCCAAGAAAAACAAGAAAGAUUCUUUGUUUCAGCUCAAACAGAUCUUCAAAACAACAAAGAAUGCAGCCAAUGUUCACACAGAAGACUGCAUGGCAGAGAAAUCAAAGCUAGACCUCAUCGUAGCUAAGACCAAACGACUGUGUGAGAUAUCUGAUGUAUUGAAGUGCCGGAUCUUUCCUCUUGAAUGCAAUCGACCUCAGUGCCAAGAAGAGAUUGAAGAGCUCUUGAUGGAGACUGAAGCCAAGACGCAAACCAAACCGCAACACCACCGACUUAGAAGGAGAUCCUCGGCCGUGCAGAUGCAGCGAAAACUUUCAAGUCUGAUAGCAAUCAUGAAAGAUUUCAUGCCUGCGAAACAUGACUGGAAGAAGAAUCGCAAAUUGGUGGACGACUUGUUACGUCGCAAUCGGAUGCUUGCAGCUCUUUUUGGCAUGCUCGGCACUCUCUUUGCAAUCGUAGAGAACGAGUUGGUCUUUGCCGGGCUGGAGCCUCACACGCCCGCCAUGGACGUGAUGAAGGGGCUGAGCUCUCUAUCGACGGUGGGGUGCUUGGUGUUCAUCUACCGCAUCUACUGGACUCAAGUCCUCAUCAGGCGACUCGUCAAGCACCUUCAUCACGGAGCUCACUUCGACUACAUCAUCAGCGUCUCCCACGUGCUCGACGAUCCUCUGCUGUGGGUUGAAAUGAUCGUCGUCGGCCUCCACCUGCCGCCUUUCACGACGUUUGAGCUGGGAAGCAAUACGAUGGGCAAUUACGUGCUCUACCAGGCAGAGACUGUCUUCUGCUCAUGGAACAUCAUUCGGGUUUACUUGUUGUGGCGGGUGAUCGCGGACUGGAUGGUGAGUGACAUCCCGAGCAAGCACUCGAUCGGCUCCUUCACGGGCGUCAAGUUUGACACCUCCUUCGUGCUCAAGCGCAUGCUCAACAGCUGGAGUGCCAUCUACUACCUCGCGUUCCUGUGGACCUUCGUGGUCUUUGUCGGGGGGUAUCUGUUUCGCAAUGCAGAAGCGACCGCGUGUCUUUUCCCCAACGUGAAGAACGUAAGGUGUGAGAGCGAGACGGCCAAGGUCUGGUCGAUCAACGGCGACGAGUACUACAAGUUCAACGACAUGUACUUCCUCAACGCCUGCUGGUUCAUCUUCACCACCAUCACCCCGGGAGCUGGGAACGGCACCAUAGCGACCACUCACUUCGGCAGAUGCGUCGCUGCCAUCGCCAUGCUCUUCGGCAUCUUGCUGACGUCGAUCGCAGCCGCGGCCCUGGGGAAUCUGAUCACCUUCUCCUCUUCCGAGCAUACAGCUCUGGGAGUGCUGGGGCGCGAGACGGCGCGGGUGAGGUUGCAUCAGUGCGCUGUCAACAUCAUCUCCUUGUGGUGGAGGAGGAAGCGAAAGGCGAAGCUCAGCAGGAUGCAGAGAGGGUUCGACUUUCAUGCGCUGCGCAAGGAGUUUGUCUCGUCCAAGGAGCAAGUCAAGAGAGACGUCGAAGACUUCGGCAGCCGCUCGGAGAAGAUUGAUGCGGUCGCGAACCGAGUGAAGCACCUUGACGCGUCUCUGAGCAAGAUCGCUGGUUCCCUGCUGUUGAGGGCCAAGGAGGACAAGGAGGAGGGAGCAGGAGGAAGGUCUAGUGAGACGCCUGCUGCUGCUGCCGUGUUGUCGCUUAUCAAGUCUACGGAGUCGAGCGGGUCUGGCAAGGGCCUGAAGAGAAAAGUUUCUUUCUUACAUGAUGAAGACACUGAGAAAUGA